AUGUCCGCUUUUGACUCUGAGUUCUGCUUCAUCUAUGCCAGUGUCGCCACGGACUUUGGCAAUGCCGUUCUGGAUCAGAAUGAACUCCUUCAUCCGUGCACAACAGGAGCUUUCUUGAUCCCUAACAGCAUUUUGCGCUGGGAUCACGGUCUAGGAGAAGAUGCGAUGGCCCUCUCAUUCAGCGUCGCCGAUGAAAGCAUCCAUAUCGUAAACUUGCAUGGGAUGCUAGACUUCAUCCAGGACCUACCGUAUGUGGCAAACUCCGUUACCUACAGGGGGGACCACAAUACACCGUCGCAGAAAUCGCGAUGGUCCGUGAUAGAGAAAGAGAUCAUAUCAUGUGCUGUGGACAGCGCGGCGAACUCAAGCCGUAAAGAUGCGAUCAAAACUGAUAUGCUGUCCGAGGAGCUGCGGAACUGA